CGAAUUCAAUUCACUGAUCGGAGAGUUAUUUCCCGUCUUCUCCGGCGAGAUUGCAUCCGCUGAAACAAAACAAAAGGUUACAACUUUGAUCGCGGAAGUUUCAAAUAUGGAAGUCAUUGACAUUUGGGUUGCCGAGUUUUUCCUUCGCCGGCAACACAAUCCUAGGGUUUUACCUACUAAACUGCUUUCGGCGCUGCAAUUGGGAGACUCCUCCGACUGCUUAAAGCUCAAGAUAUCUUCCGUUUUGCGGGAUAUCUCCAAUUCGUUGAUCCGAGGUGCAAUCGACGAGGGAACGCUUGAUCUUCUCGAGAUACUUGAGAAGCUUCUAUUGCAGCAACAUUCGCUACUCACUGAGUCUCACAAGUCUGCUUAUUGCUGGACGGCUGCUGAGUGCACGCUUAGAUUCAUGUGGCCACUGCUUGCUUCGGAUGGUUUCUUCACCGAGGCUCUUGAGAGGAUUUGGACGAAGAGGAUUGGGAUUUUGAAGAAGAGUGGAAGCGAUUUGGUGACUCAUGACUUGUUGAAGUGGGAGACUGAUCUGAAGAAGUCCCUUGAGGAUCCUGAGCUCUAUCAGCGAAUUCGUGAGACUAACAUCAGGUACACUGCCAUUUCCUUUCUCACUCAGCUUCUCAAAGAGCAGUGUGCAUUACUUGGGAAUUCAUCUCCUGAAUCAAUAGUCCAAAGGAGGUUUCUUAAGCGCAAGGAUGAUAAGAUAGAGGACGACAUUGUUGGCAAAAGGGGGAAUACAAAUGCUGCUGAUGAAAGCACAAGGUGUUUGGAGAGUGAUACUAUUGAUAACGCCAACGAGCCGCGUGGCGAAAGUGGGGACGGGAAUGGGAACAAUAGAGAGAACGCUAAUGAUGUUGAAGGAGUGGGAUGUCUGGUGAAUGAAAAACAUGCUUCAGAAGAGGAGCAGACAGUGGCUGAACAAGAACAGGAACAUGAGCCAAGUCUUGAUAAGGGAGACAAAACUGCUGCUCGAGAGCUGAAGCAUUAUUUGUUAGAGAUUCAAGGACACAUCGACCUUUCCACUAGGCAAGGAGAAGAACCUAACAAUGCAAUUGAUCACUCGGUAGAUGUCACUCCUCCGCCUACUCGGAUAAAUAGGACUGGAACAGGUGGCCAAGACCUUAAUGAACCACCGCAACAGGAUAAUGUAAAUGAGAAAGGUUCGGAUAGUCAGGGAACAUGGUCUGGCAGAGUUCGGCCUCGUCUACCUACCCCUGUACCUCUGAAUGUAUCUCCAUUGAAGAAGGCCGGAUCGAAGCCCCAUGUCAGAAGGCCAAAGAAAUUCUGGACGCCUGAAGAAGUGGAGGCUCUGAGGGAAGGAGUAAAAGAGUAUGGUAAAUCAUGGAAAGAUAUAAAGAAUGGAAACCCUGAAGUAUUCUCGGAGAGGACAGAGGUGGAUUUGAAGGAUAAAUGGAGGAACUUAGUCGUUUAUUACAGAACCCUGAGGGCUGAAGGAGGAAGUCGCCGCCAUCAAAAAAUAACAAUUGUUCAAUGGUUUUGGUCAACCAUGAAUAUGAUGAUUCAAGUUUCAGAGUAUGUCGAAACUGAUCCGACUGGCCGCUACGGACGUUUUGCAGAAAUUCUUGGAAGGGGAGCGAUGAAGACAGUGUACAAAGCAAUCGACGAGAAGCUUGGAAUAGAAGUAGCAUGGAGCCAGGUGAAGCUGAAAGAGGUUCUGCGUUCCUCUGUUGAUCUACAGAGGCUCUACUCCGAAGUUCAUCUCCUCAGCACUCUCAACCACAAAUCCAUCAUUCGCUUCUACACUUCCUGGAUCGAUGUCCAUAACCAUACUCUCAACUUCAUCACCGAGCUGUUCACUUCUGGGACCCUCCGACAAUACAAAAAUAAGUACUUGAGGAUAGAUAUCCGAGCAAUCAAGUCCUGGGCUCGGCAGAUCUUAGAAGGGCUUGUCUAUCUCCACGGGCACGACCCUCCUGUUAUCCAUAGAGACCUUAAGUGUGAUAAUAUCUUUGUUAAUGGGCAUCUUGGACAAGUCAAAAUUGGCGAUCUUGGACUUGCAAGAAUGCUGCGGGACUGCCACUCUGCUCAUAGUGUCAUCGGCACUCCGGAGUUCAUGGCUCCAGAAUUAUAUGAGGAGAACUAUAAUGAACUCAUUGACGUUUAUUCCUUUGGUAUGUGCUUUUUGGAGAUGAUCACCUCUGAAUUCCCGUAUAGUGAGUGUAACAAUCCAGCGCAAAUUUACAAGAAAGUUGUUUCGGGAAAACUACCAGGAGCCUUUUACAGAGUUGGUGACAUCGAGGCACAGAGGUUCAUUGGGAAAUGUCUAGUGUCUGCCUCAAAGAGAGUAUCAGCAAAAGAACUAUUGCAGGAUCCAUUUCUUGCUUCUGAUGAGUCCUGGAUGGUGUACGCGAGUGGUGCUGGGAAUCCAAAGCCCUUCUUGAACGAGAAUGAAAUGGACUCGCUGAAGUUGGAAGAUGAUGAGUUAAGGACACAGAUGUCCAUCGCUGGGAAGCUGGGCACUGAAGACAACAAAAUCGAUCUGGAAGUACAAAUCGCAUAUGACAAUGGUCUGGCAAAUAAUGUGUUCUUUCCCUUUGACAUCAUGAAUGAUACUUCCAUGGAUGUUGCAAAGGAGAUGGUAAAAGAACUCGAGAUCAUGGAUUGGGAGCCAGUCGAGAUUGCUAAAAUGAUUGAUGGAGCUAUUUCUUCUUUGGUGCCUGGUUGGAGGUAUGAGGAAGAUGAUGAAAUCCCUCAUGACGAUGAUGAUCAUCAUCGUACCGAUCCUUUCCACUCUUCUUCCUCGCACUCGUCAUCCUCUCAAACUUCACUCUCUAACUAUAUGGCAAGAGGCCUUCAAGAUUGGGUACAAGGUACGGAAAAUGAUUUACACGAUGAGACGUAUUCUCAGAGUUCUUCCCAUUCAGGGUCUUACUCCAACCUCAACUACAUAGCUGUUGAUGAGCACAGCUCCCAGUCUCCUGCUUUGAACAGAACUCACAACUUGACGCGGUUUUGCCCCGAAGAGAGCUCUCAUCUACAGCCAGGACAAGCCAACGUGUAUGCAGCUUCCAGUUCAAUUAACAGAAGAUUGGCUUCAGACAACCGCCCACUUACAAGGAACCGAUCACUUGUAGACGUGCAGAGACAGUUACCACACAGGUCACCAAGGGAAGAGGCUAGAAAGAAAAGGUUGUUCAAAACUGUUGGAGACGUAGAAACAGUUGGGUUUCAGUCUCCUUAUGCGAUUUCACGGAAGCCACCAAGCUCAAGGCGCUAGCUUCUCCAGUAUUUUAAUUACUGUAACGUUAUUCAUGUAAUACAUAAGUAUACUGUAAAAAUCAAGUUUGCUGGUUCAAAUAUGUAAAAAGUAUAUGCAAUAAAACUGUGCAAAGGGUGCCGACUGUGUUACAGAGAAA